CGCAGCGGGGACGCGCAGCCCAGCCCGGCUCGCCUCGGCUUGCCCCUUCCUCGCACACCCCCGCGGCCCGGCUCGGCUGACGCUCUCGGCACCGCCAGCGGCCGGCCGGGCGGCUCCCGAGCACGGCCUGCGGCCGCUCUCCGGUGGCGGCGGCGGGGAGCCGCGGCGAGGAGAAAGCUGCUGCUGCGGCGGCAGCGGCGGGGGGAGCAGCCAUGUUGGAGCGGGGAAUAAAGUGACUUUCCUCGGGGAGGGAGCGCGGCCGGCGGUCCGGCGAAGGCUCUCGGGCGGCGAGGGGAGGGGGGGUUCGCCUCCCGGCGGCCGGAUACCGCUCCUAGGCGGAGGAGAAGGGGAAGAAGAAGGGGCAAAGGAACCGCCCCCGGACCCGCGAAGCUCCGGCGCUGCUGGCUUCCUUAAGCCAGACUCAAUAUCGAUAGAAUGAAAAAAUUUAAGAGAAGACUUUCCUUAACCUUGCGAGGAAGCCAGACCAUCGAUGAAUCGCUGUCUGAGCUAGCAGAACAAAUGACAAUUGAAGAAAACAGCAGCAAAGAUAACGGUGUGAGUAAUAAUGGAAGGAUCAGCUACGGUAAAGUGCAGCCUAUUGUGAAGAAUGGCAGGCCUCCAACGUCUCACAGCAUGCACUCAUUUCUCCACCAGUACACGGGAUCUUUCAAGAAGCCCCCUUUACGGAGACCACACAGCGUCAUCGGGGGCAGCCUCGGCUCUUUCAUGGCAAUGCCCAGAAAUGGGAGCAGAUUAGAUAUUGUUCAUGAAAAUUUGAAAAUGGGAUCGGAUGGGGAAAGUGAUCAAGCUUCUGGAACGUCAUCUGAUGAAGUUCAGUCUCCCACAGGAGUUUGUCUCAGAAACCGGAUACACAGACGAAUCUCAAUGGAGGAUUUGAACAAGCGCUUGUCGCUGCCCGCUGACAUCAGGAUCCCCGAUGGCUACCUGGAGAAGCUGCAGAUCAACAGCCCGCCCUUUGACCAGCCCAUGAGUCGGCGUUCUCGUCGAGCAUCCCUGUCAGAAAUUGGAUUUGGAAAAAUGGAAACCUAUAUCAAGUUAGAAAAGCUUGGAGAGGGUACCUAUGCCACAGUUUAUAAGGGGAGAAGUAAACUGACAGAGAAUCUGGUAGCUCUGAAAGAAAUCCGCCUGGAACAUGAGGAGGGAGCUCCAUGCACAGCCAUAAGAGAAGUGUCAUUAUUAAAAGAUCUGAAACAUGCAAAUAUUGUUACAUUGCAUGAUAUUGUGCACACAGACAAGUCUUUGACUCUUGUUUUUGAAUACCUGGACAAGGACCUGAAGCAGUACAUGGAUGACUGUGGUAACAUCAUGAGUAUGCACAAUGUAAAGCUAUUUUUAUAUCAGAUUCUUCGUGGUUUGGCCUACUGUCAUAGGAGAAAGGUGUUGCAUCGAGAUUUGAAGCCACAAAACCUACUAAUUAAUGAGAAAGGAGAACUGAAGCUCGCAGACUUUGGAUUGGCAAGAGCGAAGUCUGUUCCUACAAAGACUUAUUCCAAUGAAGUUGUCACAUUAUGGUACAGACCACCUGAUGUUCUCCUUGGAUCUUCAGAGUAUUCAACUCAAAUUGACAUGUGGGGUGUCGGAUGCAUAUUUUUUGAAAUGGCAUCAGGAAGGCCUCUUUUUCCUGGUUCAACUGUUGAAGAUGAACUGCACUUAAUCUUCAGACUUCUUGGAACUCCAUGUCAGGAAACGUGGCCAGGCAUUUCUUCCAGUGAUGAAUUUAGAAACUACAACUUUCCUAAGUAUAAACCACAACCUCUCAUCAACCAUGCACCAAGGUGUUUCAAUAUUCAGUCUAAAAGAGAUUCAAUUGCAAAAAGACCCUGGCUUUCGAAAUUCCACCUACCCAGAGACCGGACAUGGGAAGAACAGAAGGCAGAGCAUGCUUUUCUAAAGGGGGCAGUGCAGAGUCAAGUCCAAGCCUAUCCUGUCAAUCAAGGACUCGGAUCCAAAGGCAGUGCUUUCUGUUGGUGGACUUGGAAUCGCAGUUUGUCUACACUGUCCUCUUAACAGUGGAGUCUUUUUAUUUCCAACCUGCAAAUUAUGUUUUUAUAUUUGUUGUCACAGUGUGACAAAUUUUUGUACAGUUGGUUUUAAGGUCUCCUCUGCCACUAGAGCCAGUAGGUUACAGCUGUUGAUGUAACUGUAGCUGCAAUUUUUGUGCAGGACUGAGAAACACAGUGCAUUAUUUAUUGCGGAAUCAUUGCUGCUAAAUAACUACUGUCUGUAUAGUUAACACAACAGUUCCAUGCCUGAAGAAGUUGCAAUGGCUUUAUAAUAUGUGAAUGCAUCUGUUUCUCUUGACAAAAUGUUCUACUGCUGCGGGGUUUUUUUGUAUUUCUUAAACUGCAGUGUUUCCUGGAAUGUAAACAUAGCUUUGCUUGGCUAUAGGUGAGCCAUCUUUAAUGCUCUAAGUUCUUGGCACUUAAUUCCUUAUUUAACAUUGGAAGUAUGUGUUGAAAUAGUUGAAAAAUUAUAAUGCAUAUUAUGUUUUUGAAAAGCACAUGGUGUGAAGGUUGAUUCAAACAAGUGAAAAGCAACUUUGAUUUGCUCUCAGAUCCUAUGUUAGUUAUCGAUAAAUUAGAGCAUGGAGGCUGGACGUUUUGCCAGGCUUACUCCAGCAUAACAUAUUUGCACAUUGUUGUGCAUAUGAGGCCUGCAGAAACAAUAACUUUUUUACCUUGUUUUUAACUUAGAAAUACAAAUAGUAAAAGGACAAUUCACGUAUGUUGGACCCUGGCUUACUUUUCAUUACAGAGGAACAGGACAACUAAUUAAACAAACAUUGGAAUAAUGGCACACUUUCCCCACUUUGUUCCUCUCCCAUUUGUGCAUUAUUCACUUGAAAUCAACUGGAAAGAUGCAAGUUUGUACUUGAGAAGAACUCACUAUGCUACAGAGCUUUUACAAUGGGAACUUAGAGAGUUUUUCAGAUCUUAGAUGUUACCUGUUUUCCAGAGAUAGUAAACAUAUUACUACUAUGCUUAUGCAUCUCAGUGAGUAUCAUAAGUACACCCUUGGUGAUGGUUACAGUAUUUUUAAGCAUUUGUGUUCACCUUUAUGAACCUAUUUGUUUAGUGCAUCUUAAAGAGACUGUAAAUCUUUAUUGGUAUAUUUUGAAAUGGUCAUGUAAAUCUUUGGCUGGUAUAUCAUGAAAAUAGUCAUAGGUAACUUAAUUUUUCCUGACAUUCACUGUAAAACGUUCAGGGGUCCUACCAUUUCUGUUCAGGAAAUCUUGUAGUUUAUUGUUAUUUAACAGUAUUAAGUGAAUUUUUGUAUAUUUCAUUUUAACUUUAUUUGUGAAUAGUGAUUGUGGCAUGUUUGGGGGUGUUUUAUUAAUAUUUCAUUGAUACUAGUAAAUUUGAAUUGGGAUUUUUUUUUUUUAAUUUUAUUUUCUGGAAGAGAGAAAUUCAUGUGUAACGGUGACUAUUGGACCACUACUGCUUUUCAGCAUUUGUAAACCGGUUUUACGUUCAAUCUUGUAGACCUAACAAACUGCUGUUAUUUCUAACUGACCGACCUGUAUUAAUAUUGUACUUUUGAAAGUAUAAAUAUUAUGUGGAAUUCUUUGGUUUUGUUUUGAAAUUUAUAAUAACAAAAGCCCUGUGUUGUUAAAAAUACAGACUAAGUGAACUUGCGGUUCUUGGGGCAUUGUUGGCAGCGUUUAGCGAGGUCCGUGUGUUGUGGCAGCCCCCAGGGUCACCUUUGGCUGCUCCUUUAGUUCCUUCAGGGCAGUGGCAGUGGCAGUAGCAGUGACGUGGUUCAUCCGUGGCUGAGGCUGCUCAGGACCUUCUCAGUGGCGUGUCCCAGUGUCACUGCUGGUGAGCCAGCCCUGCGUGUCACCCGGCCUGGGAGCGUCACGCGAGGCUCGGACACGCGCGGGGCUCCCCUGAUCCCAGUGCGAGCGCUAUGGCUAUGGCAGAGGCACAGUUGGCACUGAUGAAAAACCUUGUCCUGAAAUAGUUGUUAUAUAUAUUUUUAUAGUUGCUAUGGAUCUGAUCUAGAUUUUAUACCGAUGAACUUUGUAGGAAAUACGUUGUAGACGUGACAGUGUUGAAGAAAGAAGUGUCAGAAAAACAUCUUUUUUACAGAAGUAGUGAAGAUAGACUAAAUGUUCCCUGUGGAUAAAUGUGUGAUUUAGCAUUUCUAGAACAGUAAUACUUCAUAGGUCAUAAAAGAACAAGUAAUAAUGUGACACUAAUGAGUAAAGGACUUAAAGGUUUACCUGAUAAAAUGAAGUGCAUUAAUAAACUUAGAAAGGGAUCAGGCGCAGCUAACAAAAGGAUGUUCCAUCUUAAGUAGGAAUUCAGCUUUUAUGUUACAGAUGAAAAGAUCUUGCAUAAAAUUAAAGCAGUCUGUUUAUAAAGAAAUUUUUUCUAAGGACCUACAAGUGAAUCUGUGUUCUUCAUUAGGAGGUAGCUUUAAAGAACAUAUUUAAGAAACUUGCCAUCUGUUGUCAAGCCAGUUUGGGGCUUUUUAAAAUUGUCUGUUACUGAAAUUCCUGCAUCAGCAGAGACAGUUCUGUGGCAGUUGCCUGUUUGGGGCAGUAGUCAGCAAGUCUAAAGUUGCUGGGCAUCUCUGACAUUCUUUCUAUGGAAUUCUGUGCUCUGCCUCCUGUCGGGCAGAGUCAGGUACUACAGACUUGGUUUCACUGUCCCCAAAAACUUAAGAGUGUUGGCCUUUUUGGGGGAAGGCCUCAAGAGUGUCAAAAACCAAGCAGAGACUUGCUAAAAAUGGAUGACUUUCAGUGUUAGGUGUGACCACCUUUCCUUGACGAUGAGUGAUCAGUUAAUGAGAAAUGGCCUGCAUGUCGUGGCUGAUUUUAGGUAGUUAUUUUUGAUAACUGGUGUGUCCCACCUAGGCCAGGGUAGGGCUGGCCAGGUGUGGGUGUAGGUGUGUGUCAGAGUCAGGUGGGCUGGAAGCCAGGACAGAGGCAGGUGCUGGUGGUGUGGUUGUAUUCACGUGCAGGUGAAGGUUGAAGGGGAGAGAGGGUGGGUGGAGGAUGGAGAUUGACAGGACAGGGUGGGAGAUGGAAGAGGCAAACCAACAGCUCAGCAAUGCUCUAGUGGAACGUGCUUCUCAACAUGGCUGUGUUAUUUUUGUGCUGCUUUACCACAGCAUUAAGUAGCCAGAGUGUAUCCCUGAAUUGGGCAAUAAAAGUUAAAAUAAACAAUUAUUAAAGAAUCAA